UGGAGUCCGAUGAAACAUGCUUUUGGUGGGUUCCUAGUAAAAAAAAAAAGUGCAGGGAUUUCGCAGCACUGAACUUUCAUUUCUACAGUAGGUAUUCCUGAUCAGAGCAUAUCAUGCAUCCACUUAUGGUCAGUAUCUUGGCUACCAGAGCUGCUACUCCUUUCUACAAGUACAAAAAUAUCCAGUAAGACAAGUCUCGCACAGAAAUAUCCAGUAGGUAUAUUUUGUGACCACUGACCUAGGGUGCUAAUGAACCUAAUUCUUCUACUGGUUCAAGCAUUUCUACAAACAGUUUCUUUACACCACCUUAACUCCAGAAACUAAAAUAUUAUAAGAACCCAGAGGAGCAAAUGCGGUCAAGACAACGCAAAGUUCCUUGGAAAUAAAGCAAGUGCAUUAAUAGAAAGAACCCAAAACUGCAAAAAACAUAUAUGAAAUCCAGAAGAGAUAACCUGCAUAACAUGUUCCCAUUUCAGCAACAGCAGCAAGCAUUUUGAAGGAUGGAUGAGGAUGAAGGAAAGAACCAAGAACAUACCCAAGUCUUUGACAUCACAACAGAUGCAGCUCCUCAAAAUGGUUCCAAAUGUUUCGACGACGAUGGCCGUCUCAAACGAACUGGGACUGUAUGGACUGCUAGUGCUCAUAUAAUAACAGCUGUGAUUGGAUCUGGAGUGCUUUCCUUAGCAUGGGCAAUUGCACAGUUGGGAUGGAUUGGUGGUCCUGCUGUCAUGUUCUUGUUCUCCUUUGUCAGCUUCUACACUUCUUCUCUCCUCUCCGAUUGUUAUCGGACCGGAGACCCUGUUUCAGGCACCAGAAACUAUACCUACAUGGAUGCAGUACAGUCCCUUCUGGGUGGAGCUAAGGUGAAGGCAUGUGGGCUUAUUCAGUAUCUGAACAUUUUUGGGAUUGCAGUUGGUUACACCAUUGCAGCUUCAAUAAGCAUGAUGGCAAUUAAAAGGUCUAAUUGUUUUCAUGAGAGUGGAGGGAAGAACCCAUGUCAAAUAUCAAGCAACCCAUACAUGAUCAUCUUUGGAGUGACAGAAAUUCUUCUCUCUCAGAUUCCAGACUUUGAUCAAAUAUGGUGGCUCUCAAUUGUAGCUGCAGUCAUGUCUUUUACCUACUCGUCGAUCGGUCUCGCCCUCGGAAUUGCUAAAGUUGCAGCUACUGGAAGUUUUAAGGGAAGCCUAACUGGGAUUAGCAUUGGAGCUAUUUCACAAACCCAAAAGCUAUGGAGGAGUUUCCAGGCUCUUGGUGACAUUGCAUUUGCAUAUUCAUACUCAGUCAUACUUAUUGAGAUUGAGGACACAAUAAAGUCACCACCAGCAGAGUCAAAGACAAUGAAGAAAGCAACAAAAAUAAGUAUUACAAUAACAACAGUUUUCUAUAUGCUUUGUGGGUGCUUUGGUUAUGCAACUUUUGGCGACUUAGCACCUUCAAAUCUACUCACAGGCUUUGGUUUCUACAACCCAUUUUGGGUUCUGGAUAUUGGCAAUGCAGCUAUUGUGGUUCACCUGAUUGGGGCAUACCAAGUGUUUUCUCAAGCCAUUUUUGCCUUUGUAGAGAAAAAUACAAGGCAACAAUGGCCUGAAAGCUCCUUUAUAAACAAGGAAUUCAAAGUCCCAGUUCCAUGGUCAAGAUCUUACAACCUCAAUCUGUUUAGAUUGGUCUGGAGGACAGGUUAUGUCAUCCUGACGACCGUUAUAUCAAUGUUGCUACCAUUCUUCAAUGAUGUUGUAGGAAUUCUUGGGGCAUUUGGGUUUUGGCCUCUAACAGUGUAUUUCCCAGUGGAGAUGUAUAUUGCACAGAAAAAUAUACAAAAGUGGAGCACAAGAUGGGUCUGCCUUCAGAUGCUAAGCAUGACAUGCCUUGCAAUAUCAAUCGUAGCGGGUGCAGGAUCGAUUGCGGGUGUCCUGCUUGAUCUCAAGGUCUACAAGCCAUUCAAGACAAGCUACUGAGACAAACCCGAGGGAGAGGAACCUCAAAAAGACUGAAAAAGUGAAAAGUCUAUCUGGGGGUGUGGUGUGGUUCAAUUGUUGUUCAUGGUGAUUAAGCAAAGGCUAAGGUGUAACUAUGUUUGUCAGAUCCAAAAUGAAAAUCUCUAAAACUUCCCUUCUGUGUCAUUUUCUAGAACCCUAAUAGGCUAAUACCUGCAUUUGUGUCUGA